AUGGAUAGCUUGCAGAAAGUUGGAGGGUACGGCCUUUAUUAUGAGGCAUCUAUGAAGGAUCAGGAAUGGAUGUAGACAAGGAACUAGUAAUGGAAAGUGUUAAAGCUGGAGCCCCUGGAAAACCAGAAAUGAGGCUGGACACUCAGGAAGAAACAAAUGAAGGUGAUGCUAAUGAAAGUUCAUUACAAGUCCUGUCCAACAAUGUGCCUCUCCUGGCCCUAGAGUUCUUGGACACAGUCCAGGCCAAAGAGAAGGCCUUUCUCCCCAUGGUCAGCCACACGUUCCACAUGCCCACAGAGGAGUCUGGUGCUCCACAGGAGGGUGAUGACAUACCGAAGUCCUCGGCAAACACCAGCCAUCCCAAGCAGGGUGACAUCCCCAAGUCCCCAGAAGAAACCAUCCAGCCUACGGAGGGUGACAUCUGCAAGUCCCCAGAAGAAACCAACCAAUCCAAGAAGGACGACCUCCCCAAGUCCUCAGAAGAAGUCAUCAAACCCAAAGAGGGUGACAUCCCCAAGUCCUCAGCAAAACCUAUCCAGUCCAAGCUGGGCAAUAUUCCCAAGUCCUCAAUGAAGCCCAUCCAGCCCAAGGAGGGUGACAUCCCCAAGUCCCCAGAAGAAAGCAUCCAGCCCAAGGAGGGUGACAUCCCCAAGUCCCCAGAAGAAGCCAUCCAGCCCAAGGAGGGUGACAUCCCCAAGUCCCUAGAAGAAGCCAUCCAGCCGAAGGAGGGUGACAUCCCCAAGUCCCCAGAAGAAAGCAUCCAGCCCAAGGAGGGUGACAUCCCCAAGUCCCCAGAAGAAGCCAUCCCACCCAAGGAGGGUGACAUCCUCAAGUCCCCAGAAGAAGCCGUCCAGCCCAAGGAAGGUGACAGCCCCAAGCCCCUAGAAGAAACCAUCCAGCCGAAGGAGGGUGACAUCCCCAAGUCCCCAGAAGAAGCCAUCCAGCCGAAGGAGGAUGACAGCACCAAGUCCAUAGAAGAAACCAUCCCACCCAAGGAGGGUGACAUCCUAAAGCCUGAAGAAGAAACAACGGAGUCCCUGGAGGGGGACAAGGUGAAAGUGAUCCUGAGCAAGGAGGACUUUGAGGCAUCACUGAAGGAGGCUGGGGAGAGGCUGGUGGCUGUGGACUUCUCGGCCACGUGGUGUGGGCCCUGCAGGACCAUCAAACCGUUCUUCCACGCCCUGUCUAUGAAGCAUGAGGACGUGGUGUUCCUGGAGGUGGACGCUGACGACUGUGAGGAGGUGGUGAGAGACUGUGCCAUCAUGUGUGUCCCAACCUUUCAGUUUUAUAAAAAAGAAGAAAAGGUGGAUGAGUUUUGCGGCGCCCUUAAGGAAAAACUUGAAGCAGUCAUUGCAGAAUUAAAGUAAACAUGUAUUCUGAAAACACUGCAGACAGUCAGAUGUUUAUAGCUUUUGAGUUAUCUUUUAUUAUUUACACAAAGCGAUCAGGUAUAACAAAAGUGUAUG